AGAGAGUCCUCAGCUAUGAUUGGCUCUGGCCGCUCUGACAUCACCCAGUCUGCAGCGGCUCCACCCUCCUCUUGUACCCGCCGAGCCUCAGUCCUCCAGCGGAUACUGAGGUCCGAGUCACCCGGGGGGCAGCAUCCAGACUUCCAGACCAGCAACAGCAGCACCGCGGACACCGCCAUGGCUCUGACCGAAGACCCGACCUUCCAGAAGCUGCAGCAGUGGUUCAAGGCGAACGGCGGCGGCCUGAACAUGCGGGCGAUGUUCGACGGAGACCUGGAGCGGUUCAACAAGUUCAGCACAACUCUGAAGACGGAUGAUGGAGAAAUUCUGCUCGACUACUCCAAGAACCUGAUCACGCAGGAGGUCAUGGACAUGCUGGUCGCCAUGGCCAAGGCGAGGGGUGUGGAGGAGGCUCGAGAGAAGAUGUUCUCCGGAGAGAAGAUCAAUUUCACCGAGGGUCGUGCCGUGCUCCAUGUCGCUCUGAGGAAUCGAUCCAACAAACCGAUAACCGUCGACGGAAAAGACGUGAUGCCGGAAGUGAACCGAGUUCUGGACAAGAUGAAGGCCUUCUGCCAGAGGGUGCGUAGCGGGGACUGGAAAGGUUUCAGCGGUAAAAGCAUCACUGAUGUCGUGAACAUCGGCAUCGGAGGAUCUGAUCUGGGACCUCUGAUGGUGACGGAGGCGCUGAAGCCCUACUCGACCGGAGGACCAAACGUCUGGUUUGUCUCCAACAUCGACGGGACUCACCUGGCCAAGACCUUAGCUCACCUGAACGCAGAAACGACUCUGUUCAUUAUCGCCUCCAAGACCUUCACCACCCAGGAGACCAUCACCAACGCAGAGUCGGCCAGAGACUGGUUCCUGCAGACGGCCGGAGAUAAAUCGGCCGUGGCUAAACACUUCGUGGCUCUUUCCACCAACGCAGUGAAAGUGAAGGACUUCGGCAUCGAUACGGAAAACAUGUUCGAGUUCUGGGACUGGGUGGGAGGUCGUUACUCUCUGUGGUCGGCCAUCGGUCUGUCCAUAGCCCUGCACAUAGGUUUUGAGAACUUUGAGCAGCUUCUGGCUGGAGCUCACUGGAUGGACAACCACUUCCAAGGUUCCCCCCUGGACCAGAACGUUCCCGUCCUGCUGGCUCUGCUGGGUGUCUGGUACAUCAACUUCUUCCAGGCUGAGACUCAGGCUCUGCUGCCCUAUGACCAGUACAUGCACCGCUUCGCCGCCUACUUCCAGCAGGGCGACAUGGAGUCUAACGGGAAAUACAUCACUAAAGACGGCAGCCGAGUCAACCAUCACACUGGACCGAUAGUCUGGGGAGAACCAGGAACCAACGGACAGCACGCCUUCUACCAGCUCAUCCACCAAGGAACUCGAAUGAUUCCUGCCGACUUCCUCAUUCCUGCUCAGUCUCAGCAUCCAAUCAGAGACAGCCUCCACCACAAGAUCCUGGUGGCUAACUUCCUGGCUCAGACCGAAGCUCUGAUGAAGGGAAAGACUCCAGACGAGGCCAGGAAGGAGCUGGAGGCUGGAGGCCUGAAGGGAGAAGCUCUGGAGAAGCUGCUGCCUCACAAAGUCUUUGAGGGAAACAAGCCGAGCAACUCCAUCGUCUUCAAGAAGCUCAGUCCGUUCACACUGGGAGCUCUGGUUGGUGAGUACUGGCAGUACUGGUGGUAUAUACAGUGUGUAUUCUAUUAAUAUACUGUAGUAUUUAUGGUAUUAGUGUCAAAAAUGUCAUAGGUUAGUAUGUCGUCCGAAACGUGGAAAAAAACGUCAUAGGUUAGUAUGUCAUCCAAAACGGGGCAAAAACGUCAUAGGUUAGUAUGUCGUCUGAAACGUGUCAAAAAUGCCAUACGUUAGUAUGCAGUCCGAAACGUGGAAAAAAUGUCACAGGUUAGUAUGUCGUCCGAAAUGUGUCAAAAGCGUUUUUUUUUUUUGCGCCAAAAUUCAUGAUGAUUUUUUUUCAAAGAAAACCUUUCUGGAGUGUUUUUCACAGCCUACUUUACAUUAUUUCAUCAUAUGGCACGUUUUUACAACAUGUUGAAAAAUCCCAUUUUUUUUCGUCAUAGUAUAGUGAGGCGUUUUUUUGCGCCAAAAUUCAUGAUGAUUUUUCUUUUUCAAAGAAAACAUUUCUGGAGUGUUUUUCAUGGCCUCCUUUACAUUAUUUCAUCAUAUGGCACGUUUUUACAACAUGUUGGAAAAUGGCAUUUUUUUUCGACAUAGUAUACUAUGGCGUUUUUUUUUGCGCCAAAAUUCAUGAUGUUUUUUUUUUUCAAAGAAAACCUUUCUGGAGUGUUUUUCACGCCCUCCUUUACAUUAUUUCAUCAUAUGGCAAGUUUUUACAUGUUUAAAAAUCGCAUUUUUUUUCGACAUAGUAUGAUGUUUUUCAUCAAAUUUUUGAUGACAUACUAUACUAUGAUGUUUUUCAAAUCUUGACGACAUACUAUACUAUACUAUUCACCUUGUGAAUGCCUGACAGAAAAUGAGAAUUUUGAGCAGAUUUGGGCUUUUAUAGCCUGUGGUCUUAAACUUUUGAUCAGCUGAUAAACAACCUAUUUCAGUUUACUUCUUGUUUUCAAUAAAUUACUUUUUCAAAGUG